GUAAUACCACCUUGAUUCGCCUUGGUUGUAGAUCAUGAAAUCGGAUGUUUUCCACACCUAAAGACCAACGACAAAAGGAAUGGCGGCAACACUGAUUGUGAUUAAAGAAACUGGAAGCUAAAUAAUCAAAACAAAAUAAAUAAUGGUCCAAAACAAAUUGAUUAUUGACUAACACGAUUUGCAAGUGAGAAAAAUUAUGCUUUAAUUAGCAAGCGAACUGGAAAAGAAGUCGGAUACUUUGGAAAACAUUUAAAUCAUUAAAACUUCAUUGAAAACUAAUUUCUGCGUUCAAAACAUGGUUAGCAGCAUUGAGAAACGCGUACGGGAGGGAAUCAAGCAUUAAAAAUGAAUCGGUCCGACUCCAUUCGUCGGGAUCGCUCCUUCGACAGCGUUCUCAAUAAGUUGAUGCGUAUGCGGUCACAGAACCAUGAAACGUUCAAGGCAGCGAUGUAUAACUUUCUCAUAGCAGCUGGCGUUGCUGCGUUUGUUGCCGUCUGCUUUAUUUUAGGCCCAUUUGUACGUCCCCUACUCUGGGCUUUUCUUAUGGGCGCAGUCCUCUUCCCUUUCAAAAGGCAUUUGGCACAACUGCUGAAUGGCUGGUUCGAGCGCCUGGAAGAGCGCGAUUCAAAUGUUAUGGUAUCGAUUUGUUUAGCACCGCUUGAAGCCAGUGAAUAUUGUGGAAGUUUGGUAGUGAGCUGGUUGCGAGAACAUUGGCAGCUAUUGACAGCAGGCGUCGGCGCGGCUGCGUGCUUCAAACUGUUAAUGCUCUAUGCGCCUAAGGGAUUUCUGUGUGCGGUUUGGCGUUUCGUGGUUUUUUCGCAUAGCACUUUUGUACAAUUAAUUGGCUUUCUAAAUAUUUACAUGCUAUUUGCAAUAAUUGCAAUCUACUUAACGUCUGUGUAUUUUUUAUGGAAGCCCGAAAAUAGCACCAAGUUCGUCAUGGCUGGCCAAUCACUUUGGAUGGCAAUAGUUAGUUAUGGUUGCAGCUUUUUAGGCGCACUGCAAGUACCAGCUUUUAUUUUGAUAAUGUUGUAUGUAGGUGCAUCUAUAAUUUAUCAUAUGCGCACUGCUGAAGGUUCCAGUAGUUAUAUAGAUAAACUAAAAAAGUUAUUGGACAAGACUGAUUUUGAAAAGUCAGUAAGAAACAUUAGCAUCAAAAAGCAAAGUCUACAUUCUGAUACCGAAGAUGUCUCGUUGACCGAGACGAUAGAUUCCCUAGAUACUUCAGAGCUAGAAGGCGAGAAAGAUUGCCCACAUUUGAGUGAUUUAUAUUUUAAAUGUUUAUUUUACGCCUGCAUAGCAACAUUUUUGUAUCGCAACAUAUGGAUGUUCAUAUUGGCCGCUAUACCCAUAUCACUGCAUUUAUUAUACACCUUUUGCAAUAUAACGGGCUUUACGGCGUUCAUUUCAAAUAAAUUCAAUGAAGUCUAUGAAAACCUUAAGUCUUGGGCUAUAGAACAUCACUCUGCCGUAUUGCCACUUUGUUUGCCGGGUGUGCUUGAAUUGAAUUAUAAAAUAAACGCUAUAAUACGUGAUUCAUUGAAGUCCUCCGUCGAUUUAGUCACUUCCAUACUGAUGAUUAUUCUGAUGCUUUUGCUCAUUGUAUUUUUAAGUGUAUUUUUCUGUGUGAAUAUCUAUUCGGAAACGAUUGAGGUUGCUUACUUAGGCAAGGAUUUGAUAAAUAAAACAAUUACUGACCGUCCCGAAUUGGUCGACAUACUGCCUGAGAAUAUACAGUCUUCUCUAGAUGAUGCGUUGGAUAAUGCGCAUCAUUACGGACGCCGCAAAAUCGAAACAUAUAUCGAUGACUGGCUUGCUGAAGCAGAUUCAGUGCAUGCGACAAAAUUAAAGGAGCAAAUAUUAGAUGUUUGGGAUCGUUUGAUACAGUACUGGAUUGAUGUAAACAAAUCCGAUUCCUCCUAUGGACCACGUGUGCCAACUGAUGCGCUUAAGACGACAUUCGGUGAAAUUGUUGAUAAUCCUGGACAUUUUAAAGAGCUAGUUUUAGUGGCUAAACAGGGCAUUAUCGGCUGGGCAAAGAGCAAUACACAAACGAUAUUGGAAGUAGCUGAGUCGCUGUGGCACAUCAUUCGUACAAAUCUCUCGAUGAUCAUGACGUUUACUGGUGAAAUCUUAUCUUUGGUAUUGUCUGGCGGGCAAGCAUGUGUUGAAUUCAUUCUCGAUAUGAUCGUCUUCUUCACAGCGCUUUUCUAUUUGCUUUCAAGCAGCAAUACAAAAUAUGCGCCACUGCAAAUUACGAAAUAUUUGGGAUUCUCGACAUCCGGCUCUAAAAUUGCCGAUGCUUUAGAGAACUCCAUUUCGAGUGUGUUAAUUUCCAUGUUUAAGUGUUCAAUUUUUACGGGCCUCUUCACUUGGCUGGUACAUACAGUGUUUGGCGCUCGCAUUGUCUUUCUACCAUCGGCGCUGGCAGCGAUUUUGUCUGCUGCACCAUUUUUGGGCAGCUACUGGUGUUCAUUGCCUGCCUUGUUGGAGUUAUGGCUGGCUCAAGAUCGCUUCUAUGCUGGAAUCGUGCUAUUUUUAUUGCAAUUCUUCGUGCCACCGUAUUUUGAGGCAGCCAUCUAUGCAGAAAUGAAGGGCGGUGGACAUCCUUAUUUGACUGGUUUGGCUAUUGCGGGCGGCAUGUAUUGGAUUGGUUGGCAGGGCGCCAUCUUUGGUCCAUUAAUGUUAUGCUUCUUCAUAGGAAUAUUUGAGGUUGCAGCUGUAGCUAUGCGCGCCAAUGAUGACCCAAG